AUGAGCACCGAGACACAAAACGAGGUGCGUUCGCGCCACGUGACCACCGCCAAUGAGCAGCACCCGAAAAUCCAUUCUGCCGGCCCCGUUUCCGAGGCGGACUUCUUUUGGACCUACCAGGAGGAGCCCCAUAGAUCUCGACGGAUGGAGAUCAUCAAGGCGCACCCUGAGGUGACCAAGCUGACUGGACACGAGCCCCUGACCAAGUGGGUGGUUCUUGGAGUGGUUUCUCUGCAGUUUACAUGUGCCUACCUGCUUCGAAACAGUCCCAUUUUGAGCUGGCCGUUUCUGAUCACAGCUUACGUGAUUGGAGCCGUGUGCAUCCAGAACCUGUUUCUGGCGAUCCACGAGCUGUCCCACAACCUGGGUUUCAAGAAGCCGAUCCACAACAAGCUGUUUUCCAUUUUUGCAAACGCCCCUAUCGGAAUCCCCUACAGCGCCGGCUUUGGACCCUACCAUCUGCUACAUCACAAACAUCUGGGCGACUUCCGGUUCGACACAGACCUGCCAACUCCCCUGGAGGCUGCACUGUUUAGCAAUGUUGCCGGCAAGGCGUUUUUCGCAACCUUUCAGCUCUUCUUCUACGCCAUCCGACCCAUCUGUGUCGCCCAGUUGCCCUUCUCGAUCAUCCACUUUCUCAACAUUGCCGCCCAGGUGGCUGUUGACGUGGCCGUGAUCAAAUUCUGGGGAAUGCAGUCCUUCUGGUACCUUAUCAUAUCGUCCUUCUUUGCCGGUUCGCUUCAUCCCGUCGCUGGCCACUUUAUCGCCGAACACUACGUCCUGGGAGAUAACGUGGACGAUGCGGAAUCGACCAUGAAGGAGUCUGGGUCGGAUAAGUUGAUGGCCGACAAGAACCGAAACUCCUCUUCGGUCGCACCCCCUGAGACCUACUCCUACUAUGGUAUCCUUAACCUGGUUACCUACAAUGUUGGAUACCACAACGAGCACCACGACUUUCCUUUCGUGCCUUGGACUCGCCUGCCGGCUCUUAGAGAAAUGGCCAAGGACUUUUACGACCCUCUGCCUCAGGUUAAGAGCUGGAGUAUGACCAUUGUCGAUUUCAUCCGAGAUGAUCGAGUGUCUUUGUGGUGUCGAGUGAAGAGAGAUGAGGCUCAGAUGAAGCGGUUGGCAGCACGAACCUAG